AUGGCCAUAUUGAAAGACACCAUAAUAAGAUAUGCUAAUGCAAGCUAUGCUACCACUACAGCUACAGCGGCCUCGACCUCGACCUCGACUUCCGCAAUCUCAGCCAGUGCUGCUGCCAGCACUGGCACAUAUCCAAAUUUGCCCUUGCUCUUGCAAAAGAGACGGGCUAUUGCUAGUACAAAGUCUAAAAACCCAAAUCUCGUGAAACGGGAGUUGCAGGCACAUCAUUCAGCCAUCAGCGAGUACAACAAUGAUCAAUUAAAUCACUAUUUCCAACUUUCCCACACCGAAAGGCCGCUGUACAAUCUAAGCAACUUUACCUCUCAACCGCAGGUCAACCCAAAGAUGCGGUUCCUGAUCUUCGAUUUCAUCAUGUACUGUCACACUAGACUGAAUCUAUCGACUUCGACAUUGUUCCUCACUUUCACCAUCCUGGACAAGUAUUCCUCGCGGUUCAUCAUCAAGAGCUACAACUACCAGCUUUUGUCUUUAACCGCUCUUUGGAUUUCAUCGAAAUUUUGGGAUUCUAAGAAUAGAAUGGCCACUUUGAAAAUCUUACAAAACUUGUGUUGCAACCAAUAUUCCAUAAAGCAAUUCACGACCAUGGAAAUGCAUCUUUUCAAAUCACUCGAUUGGUCCGUUUGCCAAUCGGCCACGUUCGACUCCUAUAUUGACAUCUUCUUGUUUCAGUCCACGUCACCAUUGUUGCCUCACCUCAUCCUUUCUGCCCCCUUGGAAGCUUUCAUUCAACAGAAACUGGCCUUAUUAAAUAACGCUGCUGGUACUGCUAUUAAUAAAUCCUCCUCCUCCCAGGGUCCCUCUCUCAACAUCAACGAGAUUAAAUUGGGUGCCAUUAUGUUGUGUGAGUUAGCUUCCUUCAAUCUCGAACUAUCAUUUAAAUAUGAUCGUUCAUUAAUUGCACUGGGUGCAAUUAACGUCAUUAAAUUAUCUUUGAACUACUAUAAUUCAAAUGUUUGGGAGAAUGUCAAUCUAGCUUCCGAAGAAACUGACCAAGAUUUAGAUAUUAAGUUAUCUGAGAUCUCUAAUGCAUUGUUGGAUGUAGCUAUGGACCAAGAUUCCUUCCCCUCCAGUUUCAAAUCGAAAUAUUUGAACAACAACAAGACUUCUCCAGCAAAAUCUCUUUUGGACGCAUUACAGAACUAUUGUAUCCAGUUGAAAUUGGAAGAAUUCUACCGUUCCCAAGAACUGGAGAUCAUGUAUAAUAACAUUUUCUCUGCCCAGUCUUCCGAUUACGAUUCAAUGGCUUGUGCUUAUUCUAAUGCUACGACUCCAAAGAGCGCCACUGUUUCGUCUGCGACCACAGACUAUUUUUCUGAUCAUACUCACUUGAGAAGAUUAACCAAAGAGAACGUCUCUCCACCAUUCGCUUUCACUCCAACGUCAUCCUCCUCUUCACCAUCCCCUUUCACGUCCCCUUACAAGACUUCAAGUUCAAUGACAACCCCAGACUCUGCAUCACACCAUUCACAUUCGAGUUCUUUCUCUUCUCAGAAUUCUUUCAAACGGUCGCUGAGCAUCCCACAAAAUUCAAGCAUUUUUUGGCCGAGCCCAUUAACUCCCACUACGCCAUCUUUUAUGUCAAAUAGAAAGUUACUGCAAAGUUUAUCUAUGCGUUCAAAAAGAUUAAUUCCGGUGAGACCCAUGGCCAAUGCUCACACCUGCGCAGCCCCCACACAUUUGAAAAAGAGAUCGACUUCUUCUGUGGAUUGUGAAUUUAAUGAUAAUAGCAGCCCCAAGAAAACUCGCUGA